UAGGGGUUUCUGCUACGGCCACACCAAACCACACCACAGUAUGAACGGACAAAAACCAAAGGUAGGGGAGGGGGAGAGAGAGGGAGAGGGAGAGGUGUGAAAGGAAGACAAUAUGCAGAAAGAAAGCGGGUAAAGUGAAAAGCCCAAAAGCUUUUGAAUUAGUUCCAUUCAAGAACACUAACCCCAGUUUCUGCUAGUGUAUAAUAGGUGUAAGCUAAAGAUAGCAUCAGAGUCAUGGGUCAUAUUCCAAAGCGACACUUCCGGGCGUGGUAUAAGUAGAGAUGCUCAAAAUUUUGCUUCAUUCAUUGCAGAAGCUCUUCUUAGUCACUGCCACAAGAGUCUGCAUAGUGUAAUUCUUCAAGCAAAAACAUGAGCUUCAACUGCUCUACCGGAGGUUCUGGGAGUAGGACUACUUCGAGGACGUUUGAGUUUGGGGGGACCUAUGUGGUUAGGCCUAGAGGAAGGCACCAAGCUACCCUAGUCUGGCUACAUGGCCUGGGUGAGAUGGGCUCAAGCUGGGCCCAAAUCUUGGAAAGUCUUUCUCAUCCAAAUAUUAAGUGGAUUUGCCCAACUGCUCCUACUCGACCAGUAGCUAUAUAUGGUGGAUAUCCAUGCACUGCUUGGUUUGAUGGAAGAGAUCUUUCAGAAAAUGCUCCCAAUGAUUUGGAGGGGUUAGAUGCUUCUGCAGCACAUGUCGCCAAUCUCUUGUCUACAGAGCCCCAUGAUAUAAAACUAGGCGUUGGGGGCUUCAGUAUGGGUGCUGCAACUGCCUUGUACUCGGCAACUUGCCAUGCUUUUGGAAAAUAUGGGACUGGAAGCUCAUAUCCUGUUAACCUAAGUGCAGUUGUUGGUCUCAGUGGUUGGCUUCCUUGUUCAAGGACAUUGAAGAGCAGGUUGGAAAGUUCACGUGAGGCUGUUCGACGAGCAGCACUCUUGCCCAUCUUCCUUUGCCAUGGCUUAGAUGAUGAUUUUGUAGAAUACCAUCAUGGCGAAAGAUCAGCACAAACCCUGAGUUCUGCUGGAUUUCGAAAUCUGACAUUCAGAUCGUACAAUGGUCUUGCUCACCACAUUACUGCUGAAGAAACCGAUGAAGUUUGCCGCUGGCUGACUGCAAUGUUGGAGCUUGAGGGGUCCCGGCCAUGAUCUUGGAAGAACCGUGGCAGGAGGUGGGAUCUGGUAUACCUGAAGAAGAACAAAUAUACACAGAGGGAGUAGUAGGGCAGCUUAGCUUAGAUGUUGGCAUGGGGUAUAUGGUAUGGUAUACUUGCAUUUUUCAGUCUCUUUCUGAAAUAAGUUUCCUGUGGCUCACUCUGGUUCUUUCGAAUCAAUAGUGUUGCAAGAGAAGGAAUUCCUUUUCUUUUUGUUGGGGGUUGGGUUUCUUAGUUGAUCAUUCAUAUGUUUUAACAAUAAAUGAUGUUUUGAAGUGCAUCUUUCAUAGAAACUUCAUUUUUGAUACUAUAAAAUCUUCGCAAUUUAGAAUGUGUUUCAAAUAAUUGAUCCUAAAGCCUCCAAAUUAGAGGAAACAGAGCUUAGUCCAAAACUCAGAACUAUGAUCUCCUAAAAAGAAAUUCAGACGAUGAAGGUGAAUACGAACUUGUUGAGCUAUGCUGGAGAGUCUGGCAAGCGACUGCCACUUGGGGAGUCGGCUUUAACUUCAUCAUCCAAGGGAGUAGAAGUAUAAUUCGGUGUCUUUAGCAUGCCAUCUUGUGUAGUAAGAUCGACUGCCUGGGUUAAUGUCCUCUCACCAAAUUGAGUAGCAGCUGGCGGGGUUGGGGGUGGUGGCCUUUGCCAAUAUGGAGAACUCCCUGAUGGUAAAUGGCUACUUCCUGGGUACAAUUGUGAUCUUGCAGUUGCAAUGGUUGCCGGCCUGUCUACAAACUUUGAUGAGUCUUGAAAGGCCAUGGCUGGGGAUGAGGAGGGAUGAUUAGGCAAUGUAGUGAGAUCAUAUCUUGGUGAGGAGAAUUUUUCCAUUGCUGUCUCUAUAUUGCUGUAAUUCAGUCCUUGAACUGAGUCUUGGAAGCCUCUCCCAGCUUUCAGUAGUAACAUGCCAUUGUUGUCUGGCUUCGGAGGCAGUAUUGGCGACCUUUCACCGGGCAGCAAGGGGAGAUUAGAUUGAGGUGAAGGCAGGCAACUGCUGUUAGAAAACCUGGACUCAGGGAUAUCUUUCAUACGGCUGCUGGAUGACAAACAACAGGAUGAGGGAUUAGACUUGAAGGGUAUCAAACAUAAUCAACAGCAUCAGGAUCGGUGAGAAUCUCACUCGUAAAACUGGAAUGCUGGUGUCAAAUGUGUCAAGUUGUGAUGGUUGAACAGCUCACUGGCCAACAUACUAUCUUGUCCUGCUGCUGCUGCCAUUUCCAUCCUCUCAUUCAGUUGUGUCUCAGAUUUUUCAGGAAAGGAUCCUUCCUUUGGGACAUCCUUAGCCACGCCAUAUUCUGGGAAAGCAAAUUUAUAGAACUCA